GGCUCCCGCAGCAUGCCAGCCCGCGCCCCUCCUCGCCGCCUGCCGCGGCUCUUGCUGCUCCGUUUGCUGUCGCUGCAUCUGCUGUUGCUCGCCCUGCGCGCCCGCUGCCUAAGCGCUGAGCCGGGUCAGGGCGCGCAGACCUGGGCUCGCUUUGCGCGCCCUCCUGCCCCAGAGGCCGCUGGCCUCCUCCAUGACACCUUCCCCGACGGUUUCCUCUGGGCGGUAGGCAGCGCCGCCUACCAGACCGAGGGCGGCUGGCGACAGCACGGCAAAGGCGCGUCCAUCUGGGACACUUUCACCCAUCACCCUCGGGCCAUCCCGGACGACUCCCCGAUCGUCAUGGCGCCGUCGGGUGCCCCGUCGCCUCCCCUGCCCUCCACUGGAGAUGUGGCCAGCGACAGUUACAACAACGUCUACCGCGACACAGAGGGGCUACGCGAACUGGGGGUCACCCACUACCGCUUCUCCAUAUCGUGGGCGCGGGUGCUCCCCAAUGGCACCGCGGGCACCCCCAACCGCGAGGGGCUGCGCUACUACCGGCGGCUGCUGGAGCGGCUGAGGGAGCUGGGCGUGCAGCCGGUGGUCACUCUGUACCAUUGGGACCUGCCGCAGCGCCUACAGGACACCUAUGGCGGCUGGGCCAAUCGCGCCCUGGCGGACCAUUUCAGGGAUUACGCCGAGCUCUGCUUCCGCCACUUCGGUGGUCAGGUCAAGUACUGGAUCACCAUUGACAACCCCUACGUGGUGGCCUGGCACGGGUACGCCACCGGCCGCCUGGCCCCAGGCGUGCGGGGCAGCUCCAGGCUCGGGUACCUGGUUGCCCACAACCUACUUUUGGCUCACGCCAAAGUCUGGCACCUCUACAACACCUCCUUCCGCCCCACUCAGGGAGGCCGGGUGUCCAUCGCCUUAGGUUCCCAUUGGAUCACCCCUCGAAGGAUGACUGACCAUCACAUCAGAGAGUGUCAGAAGUCUCUUGACUUCGUGCUAGGCUGGUUUGCCAAGCCCAUAUUUAUCGAUGGCAACUACCCAGAGAGUAUGAAGAACAACCUCUCAUCCCUGCUGCCCGAUUUUACUGAAUCCGAGAAGAGAUUCAUCAGGGGAACAGCUGACUUCUUUGCUCUCUCCUUCGGACCAACCUUGAGCUUUCAACUACUAGACCCCAGCAUGAAGUUCCGCCAGCUGGAGUCUCCCAGCCUGAGGCAGCUUCUGUCUUGGAUAGAUCUGGAGUAUAACCACCCUCAGAUAUUUAUUGUGGAAAAUGGCUGGUUUGUCUCGGGUACCACCAGAAGAGAUGAUGCCAAAUACAUGUAUUAUCUCAAGAAGUUCAUAAUGGAAACCUUAAAAGCCAUCAGGCUGGAUGGGGUCGACGUCAUUGGGUACACCGCAUGGUCCCUCAUGGAUGGUUUCGAGUGGCACAGGGGCUACAGCAUCCGACGAGGACUCUUCUAUGUCGACUUUCUGAGUCAGGACAAGGAGUUGUUGCCCAAGUCUUCGGCCUUGUUCUACCAAAAGCUGAUAGAGAACAAUGGCUUCCCUCCUUUACCUGAGAACCAGCCCCUUGAAGGGACCUUUCCCUGUGACUUUGCUUGGGGAGUUGUUGACAACUACAUUCAAGUGGACCCCACUCUCUCUCAGUUUACUGACCCGAAUGUCUAUCUGUGGGAUGUGCAUCACAGUAAGAGGCUUAUUAAAGUAGACGGGGUUGUAGCCAAGAAGAGAAAACCUUACUGUGUUGAUUUCUCUGCCAUCCGGCCUCAGAUAACCUUACUUCGAGAAAUGCGGGUCACCCACUUUCGGUUCUCGCUAGACUGGGCCCUGAUCUUGCCUCUGGGUAACCAGACCCAAGUGAACCGCACGGUUCUGCACUUCUACCGCUGUAUGGUCAGCGAGCUGGUGCACGCCAACAUCACUCCAGUGGUGGCCCUGUGGCAACCAGCAACCCCACACCAAGGCCUGCCACAUGCCCUUGCAAAACAUGGGGCCUGGGAGAACCCGCACACUGCCCUGGCAUUUUCAGACUACGCAAACCUGUGCUUUGAAGAGCUAGGCCACUGGGUCAAGUUCUGGAUCACCAUAAAUGAGCCAAACACACGGAACAUGACCUACCGUGCGGGGCACCACCUGCUUAAGGCUCAUGCCUUGGCAUGGCACCUGUACGAUGACAAAUUUAGGGCGGCUCAGAAAGGCAAAAUAUCCAUCGCCUUGCAGGUUGACUGGAUAGAACCGGCCUGCCCAUUUUCUCAGAAGGACAAAGAAGUGGCGGAGAGAGUUUUGGAAUUUGAUGUAGGCUGGCUGGCAGAGCCCAUUUUCGGCUCCGGAGAUUAUCCGCAUGUGAUGAGGGAAUGGCUGAACCAAAAAAACAACUUUCUUCUGCCCUAUUUCACGGAAGAUGAGAAAAAGCUAAUCCGGGGUUCCUUUGACUUCCUGGCAUUGAGCCAUUACACCACCAUCCUUGUAGACUGGGAAAAGGAGGAUCCGAUAAAAUACAACGAUUACCUGGAGGUGCAGGAGAUGACUGACAUCACGUGGCUCAACUCCCUCAAUCAGGUGGCGGUGGUGCCUUGGGGGCUGCGCAAAGCGCUCAACUGGCUAAGGUUCAAGUAUGGAGACCUCCCGAUGUUCGUGACAGCCAAUGGCAUUGAUGACGAUCCCCAUGCCGAGCAAGACUCACUGAGGAUGUAUUAUAUUAAGAAUUACGUGAAUGAGGCUCUGAAAGCCUACGUGUUGGACGGCAUCAACCUUUGUGGCUACUUUGCGUAUUCGCUUAGUGACCGCUCAGCUCCCAAGUCCGGCUUUUAUCGAUACGCUGCGAAUCAGUUCGAGCCCAAACCGUCUAUGAAACAUUACAGGAAAAUUAUUGACAACAACGGCUUCCUGGGUUCCGGAACGCUGGGAAGGUUUUGUCCGGAAGAGUACACCGUGUGCACCGGAUGCGGCUUUUUUCAAACCCGGAAGUCCCUGCUGGCCUUCAUCUCGUUUCUAGUUUUUGCUUUCGUUACUUCUCUCGCUCUUAUUUAUUACUACUCCAAGAAAGGCCGGAGACGUUAUAAAUAAGUGUGAACGCCCGCCCUGCCAUUCGCUUUGGGAUCAGUACGCACGCACCGUCAACCGUCAGCUGCUUGUGUUGUGACGCCACGUUCCACACUUUUGGACUCUGGAAAACCUUUUCCUGUCAAGGAUGGUGGCGGUUUUAAACAGGCACUGGCGACUAUAAAAUAUUGCAGGGUGAAUGGUAUCUGCUCUCUUUGGCGGCAAUUACGCACCUAUGCCCACCGCAGUUUCUACACUGUGGGAGUACACAGUAGGGUCACCGAAGUUUCUACAGCACCCCCGUAUGGAAGACACGGAAUACGCUUGUGGUAACAGUGCCAAACAGACAGGACUUUGAAGAGCCACUCCAGGAACUUUUCUAUCAGUGACCAUUUUGAAAUUCACAUCUUCUUUGGAAGUAACAGUCACUCAGUUGACAACUUAACACCUGGACUUUACCUGAUCCAGUUUUACAAGGGGAAGUAGAAAAAUACCUAGCCGAGAUGGCCAAGAGCCCCGAGGCCAAAACAGCCCGUUAAAAAAGCGCUAUUUCUGCCAAAUGCUGCUAAUGUUGAUUUAUGAAUGUAUUUAGAAAGCUCAUUAUGGAAAUUUAUAUUUUUGUGAAUGUUUUUGUGCUGUGCCUAAACCCCAGAUCCUAGAGUCUUACUGACUUUCCUUUCAGAGCCUGCACGCAGGUUGAAGAUUUUUUUUUUUUUUUUUUUUUUUUUUUUUUUUUUGAUAAACGUUUGCAAAAAAAUAAAGAUGAGUCCUGAGCUGCUGGCCUCUUCGGAAGCGGAAACUUUGUGUUGCUCUGCAGCAGUUCGAGGAAAGAAGGGAUUUUUUUUUUUUUUUUUAAAGUGAGCAACAUGAGUGAUUUGGUUGAACGUCCUUUUAUCUUUGAACAGAGAUUGGGAUGAAUGAAAUGACCUCCCCCACGGGAAGAAAGAUGAGCUCUCACCGAAACUGUAAAGAAUGUCUCUGUUGCAUUCUUCAGAAUAUGCUGUCAAUGCUUGGUUGCAGUGAUGUUCAAAUUCCUUAGUAGACCCGACAGUGAUCCAGUGCGAGCACACUGGGAACCUGUCCCUGUGGUCGCUGAGACCUACUGUGUGCUUCUGUACGUGUGAAGGGGCUUUGAAGUAGCCCCUCUUGGAGCAUUUACACCAACCAUGCUCCUGACUUCUGUAGAAAGGGCUAAUUAAGUCUUCUCCUUCCACACCCGAUACUGUAAGUCUUAGUGACUCUCACCGCAGAAGUCUCUGUGCUAUACCUGAGUGGUCUUAUAGAUAAGCUGAUACCAGAUCAGGCAGGAUUAAUCAGUCCUAGCAGGCCUAGCUACCCUUGCUGACACAGGGUCACAGUGCACAUAGUUCAUCACCCUGUUAGUCUUCAUCUUGUGAUGUGGUAUGGUUUUCCUCAUGAAUGAUCAGCUUCUGCUGUGGCAGUCUUUAUACAUCUGGACUUAACAUUGAAAUCAAAUGCUAUAGAAUCAAUAGUUUAUUUUGUCUAUUUUUCUUGAUUGCAGAGUAAUAUAUACUAAUUGUAAAAAAUUUAGAAAUGAAAACAAUAUGUGAAGAAAAAUUAUAAUAUAACACAGAGAUGCCUUUGACGGCUCCUGUGUGUCAUGUUUUGUGUAGUCAGAUCGUGUUAUACGUAGGCAUACACCUUCCUUAUUCACUCAUGUUGAAAUAAUUCUGUCGUUACUCUUCAAGAGCAAAGUUUUAAUCGUUAUGGGGAAUGUUGUCAGAAUAGCUCAAAACUGUCUUACUUGUUGGCCCAAUUUCCCACUAAUUAGUUCAAUAAUAAAUAUCAUCUAGAAAUCA